AUGCUUUUCUUUGUUUUUUUCAUAACCGUGUUUUCGGCUGAUGUAACGCCUGCUGGACAAAGCCAAAAUACAACUCUUUCAAAUUCCACAAAACUAACAAACGAAACCAACACGACACUCCCCAACAUCCCACAAAACACAACCACUCCAAUAACUCCCACAACAAUUCCAGUUCCACAAGUUAACAAAACGAAACUCAAUCCACCUCAAUUUGUAACAGAACCAAAAGUUAAAUCACUGGAACUUCCACCAAAAGGUGUCCCAAUGGCUCAAGCCAUUCGAGGUGUAAUGCAACAGAAACAACUUAACCAACAGAAAAAAAUCGUCCAAAACGAAACAAACAAAGUCGAAAAGAAAGCGAAAGAAGACAACACAAAAAAUCUUGAACAUAAAAAAUUGGUGAAAAAACUCAAAUCCGCAAAAAAACACAACAAAAUUCUUGAGCAAAAACUCAAACUUGCUAAACUUUCCCAAAAGAACGAAAACGAUGAGGAACAAAAAUCAAAGCUCAGAAAUAAAAUCAAAUCUCUCUACACCGAAAUGACAACCAAAAAGCCAAUCUUGUUGUAA